AUGCAGGAUGGAGAGGAAUUCAUGCUCCACCGGCAGCGGGGGCCUCCCUUCUGGGUUAGCGUGCUGAUCUUGGGCAUAUUGUUCCCGUGCUUCUUUGGCUGGACCAUAGUAGGCACUGUUUGGUUUCUUGAAGUACAAGAGGAGACGCCAUAUUGCUUGCCGCGGGAGAGCCACCCGUGGUUUUUCACUUUUUGGCUAGCUCUUUGUUAUAUUUGGAUUUUAAUAUACAUCAUUUUUAUCGCGACUGCAGUAGUUUGCGAGUAUAGAGCCCGAAGAAUGGAAAGGGAUCUCCAAAUUCUGCAGAAUGAAGAUAUGAUUCGGCGCUGGGGCCGAAUUCGCAUUUUCUCGGACUACGGAAUAUACAUUUUCCGUCGCGGCUUAACUCCCGACCAAGUUGCGAGAAUACCUUGGCAAAAGCUUGAGUAUGACCCGACAGAGAUGAUGCCAUGCUCGAUUUGUUUGGAGGAGUUUGCAGCCGGUGAUAAUGUCCGAAUUCUUCAGGCGUGUGGCCACAUCUUCCACAAGUGGUGA